GCUGUGCUCCCUCUCGACACGCGUGAGCUAGACCAUGCUGGGCACCGAUCCUGAGCCCCCGAGCUCACUCCCCGAGCGCGGCGACGAUGAGAAGACUGUGCGCGGUGAGCAGCUGGAGCCUGCGUACGGGGCGAAGAAGUGCGAGGAGGACGGCGUAUGCUCGGAUGAGGUCCAAACGCGCGACAAUGUGGUCGGGGCAUCCGCAGACGACGACUUUCCUGACGGCGGCCUCAGGGCAUGGAUGGUCGUCCUCGGUUGUGCGCUGGGCAAUGCAUCCACGUUUGGCUACGUCAAUGCUUGGGGAAUCUUCCAGACAUAUUACCAGCAGACGCUUCUGAAAGACUCAUCGCCUUCAACAAUAGCAUGGAUAGGCUCCAUACAGUACGCCUUUACGUUCAUGCCCGGGCUCUUUAUGGGUCAGCUCUUCGACCGAGGAUAUCUCAAAAUGCCGCUGCUGUUCUCUUCCAUUGGACUCGUUGUAUGCACUUUAUUGGUCGCGCAAUGCAAGGUCUAUUGGCAGUUUCUUCUCUGCCAAGGCUUUGCCGUUGGGCUGUUUUCGGGAUUUGCGUUUGGACCGCUAGUCGCCGUCGCGGCACAUUGGUUCAGGCGGAGAAAAGGACUGGCGUUAGGCUUUCUUGCCCUGGGCUCAAGCAUCGGAGGCUCAGUGUUUCCCGUCGCCAUCCACAACCUCAUAGGUGCUGUGGGAUUCCAAUGGACAAUGCGCAUUGUUGCCUUAAUUCUGUUCUGUCUUCUAACUGUAACUUUUCUCACGAUCGAGCGUCGCCUACCGCCGAAACCAGAUCCCGGUCCAAUAAUCAAUGUGCAGGAGUUCCGUUCUGUGCCGUACACGGUCUACUGCCUGUCGGGAUUCGUGACCUUUCUUGGUCUGUACACGAUGUUGACAUAUAUCAACGUCAGCGCGGAGUUCGUUGGCGUUGACCCGAACUUUGCGGUCUACCUAGUGUCAAUCGCCAAUGCGGGUUCAGCAGCUGGUCGCGUGCUCACCGGACUCCUUGCAGAUCGCUAUGGACCUCUCAAUAUCAUGAUACCAGCGACGCUCUUUGCUGGAGUUACGACGUACAUCUGGCCUUUCAUCACGACAAAAGGAGCAUAUAUUGUCCUCGGCUUAGCGAACGGCAUCUUCAUUGGAUCAUACGCAUCCAUGCUGACUGCUCCUCUGUGGGGUAUGGGCUCGACGCAUACUGUAGGCCUUCGAGUAGGAAUGUUUUUCAGCAUCAUCGCGCUUGGUGCGCUAGCAGGUCCACCAAUAUCUGGCGCCAUUAACGAUGCCACUGGUGGGUAUAAGGCGGUUGGCUACUACGCCGGCACCUCGAUUAUGUGUGCAGUCGCAUGCUUAAUCGUCUCCAGACAACUGAUUCUGCGACGGAUCUGGGGGAAGGUGUAAUAGAGUUGGACAGCCUCAUGGUCAAGGACCGCCGUCCACGGCACAGCGAUGCUAUCCUCACAGCAGCAAUUGACGCUUCAAAUCCUAUGCAUAGUCGCACGUUGCAUGCUGUACCACACAAUUACAGUGCCACUUUACACCG